UUCAAUCCACAUUCCAUAGACUUUUAAGUCUUAUUCAUAGAAUUCAGGUACCAAGUAUGGAAUUCCAAAAUGGAGAUGAUGUUGCUUCCAAUUUGCUCAAAGCUCAAAGCCACAUAUGGAAUCACAUUUUCAACUUCAUGAAUUCCAUGUCACUUAAAUGUGUUGUUGAUUUAGGCAUACCAGAUAUCAUACACAACUAUGGCAAACCCAUGUCACUCUCAAAACUCAUUUCUUCACUACCAAUCCAUCCUUCCAAAAAACCUUGCAUUUAUCGCUUGAUGCGAAUCAUGACUCAUUCUGGUUUUUUCUCUCAACAAAAUAUUACAGAGAAUGAAUUAGAAAUUGAGUAUAUGUUAACGGAUGCAUCUAGGUUAUUACUAAAGGAAAAUCCAAUGAGUGUCACCCCAUUUGUCCACGCCAUGCUCAGCCCGAUUAUGACAAAUCCAUGGCAUCAAAUGUCUACUUGGUUGAAAAAUGAGGAUUCUUCCGCAUUUGAAACCACACAUGGGAGGUAUUUUUGGGAUUAUGUAGCUCAUGACCCAAUAUUUAAUCGUUUAUUCAAUGAAUCCAUGGCAAGUCAUGCUCGAUUAGUGAAUGAUUUGUUGAUUGAGAAGUGCAAGGAAGUGUUUAAUGGAUUGGAGUCAGUGGUUGAUGUUGGAGGAGGCACAGGGACCAUGGCAAAGGUUCUUGCCAAAUCAUUCCCACAACUGAAGUGCACUGUGUUUGAUCUCCCACAUGUUGUUGAUGGCUUGCAUGGAAGUGAUAACCUAAACUAUGUUGGUGGAGAUAUGUUUCAAGAAAUUCCUCAAGGACAUGCCAUUUUAUUAAAGUGGAUCUUGCACGAUUGGAAUGACGAGGAAUGUGUGAAUAUAUUGAAGAAAUGCAAGGAAUCACUGGAGAAGAAAGGUAAAGAUGGGAAGGUGAUUAUCAUAGAUAUGGUGUUGGACAAUGAAACCACUGAUGAAUCAUUUGAAACCCAACUCUUUUUUGAUAUGUUGAUGAUGGUAAUACUCACGGGAAAAGAGAGAAAUGAGAAAGAAUGGGUAAAGUUGAUUUUAUCGGCCGACUUUAGUGACUAUAAAAUAACCUCAAUUUUAGGCUCAAGGUCCAUGAUUGAGAUCUAUCCUUAAUAAAUAUAAGUCAAUUGUUGUGAGCAUUGAAAAUGCAGGCACAUUAUCGUAUGGUAUCACUUACUUGUUUUGAUGUUUUUGCCAAUUCAAAUGUAUUUGUUAUUAUUUAUUUGCGUAUUUCUAAUUUGCUUAUCAUUUAAUAGUCGUGUGUUUGUACUUUAUUCGCGUUCGAGUUUUAUUGUAAUUGCUUCGGAUAAUUAGAGAUUGUAUCAUUAAGACCCCUCAUUACUCAAUAAAAUUAGAGUGUUUGAUCCCUAAUAA